UUUUUUUUAGAGGGGAACCCAAAUUGCGGGUCACGUACGUCACACCCAAGAGGUCCCGCCCCUGGUGCGAAUCUGCCCGGGCCCAUUCGGAGCAUCCGGCGCUUGGCGUCAUGGUGGUCGCGCUGCCCUUCCUACCGCACAAAGUUGUCUCCGUCUGUUUGACGUCAUGCUGGAUGCGCUCGGCUAUCUCCUGGACAAAGUGUUGUUGUUUUUGGUGACGUGCGCACCCGCCGAUGUUGCGCCGCCGCUCGAGCGCACGUACCGGCGCGGAGACUUAUUGGAGGUGCCGCGCACGCUCUUCAAGCACUUCGGGAUCUACUUGGGCGACGGCCGCGUGGCGCACCUCAUCCCUGACAUCCUCCCGGCCGUCACGUCGGAUGCGCGUCACCUUCGUUGCAAGGUCAGCAACACGCGCCUGCUGCUCGGCGUGCUCUCCAAACGCGCCAGCGUGCGCGUAGACUCCGUGGAGGACUUUGCCUACGGCGCCAGCGUCCGGCUCAAUGCGCACGACAUGGAGAGCGCCGGCGGCGGGUGCCGGGAUGCGGAGGAGGCGGCGCGGCGGGCGGAGCGCCUGCUCGGCAGCGUCCCCUACAGCCUGCUUUGGAACAACUGCGAGCAUUUCGUCACCUGGUGCCGGUACGGAGACGCGCGCAGCCUGCAGACGGAACAGUUCUGCCAGUGGCUGAAGUCUCUCAUCCGAGACCAGAGGAACGUAGCUCUAGCGGCAUUGCUGGGCCUGCUCUCCUUGGCCUGCUCGGGCGUGUCAUCCGGGACCGCCCUGCCCGCCCUGGUGGUCCCCCUUACGCUGUGGAUGGCCAGCUGAAGGCUUCGGGGAGCCUACGGGAUAUACCCGCAUCCCGUCCGGCCAACUUUUCUAAGCAUCUUCUGGUUUUGUUUUCCUGUUUUCCCACCUUCAAGUCAUGUAAA